GUAGAGAACCAGAGGAUGGGGAAUAGUCUUUUUUACUACAUCACGUGAAUGUGGCGCAGUAAUAAUAAUGGCUGCUGUCGGUCAGAUCUGGAGACCGGACCCAGGACGGGGCUUUAAAAAGAAUUAUGGAAUACUCGCCGUAUUGUUUAUGGACCUGGUCUUACAGUGUGUGAACGGGUACCUGAGUUCCCCUCAAGUUGGCCAGGACCCUCCCUACACCAGAGACGCUCAGCAUGGACCUGUCAUCACCAGCCCAGUGAUCCCUGCUCCAGCCUCAGUGUCUCCUACGCACGAAGAGAACUCCAAGUGUCCCAGCGGGGGUUUGUGUACUCGCCUGCCAGCUGAUUGCAUUCAGUGCGAUUACCAGCACAACUGCACCUACGGCAAACCUGCAACCUUCACCUGCAGCCCCAAAAAAGGGGUUCACUGUACAGGAGAGUCAGGACAGCAGCGAACCAACUUCACUCUCUCCAUCACUUGUCAGUUCUGCUGGCAGCUGGACCCAUCGCAGUACCGCUGCUCCAACGCUACCAACUGUAUGACAGUCUCCUGCCCGCGCAGCCGCUAUAACGCCACCUGUGACGUGUUAGACCAUGUGCAUUGUUUAGGUAAAAGACGUUUUCUGAAACGUUUGCUUUGUAACUGGACUGGUGGAUACAAAUGGUCAACAGCGUUGGCACUCAGCAUUACGCUCGGGGGCUUCGGAGCAGAUCGGUUUUAUCUGGGCCAGUGGAGAGAGGGUUUAGGCAAACUCUUCAGUUUCGGAGGUCUGGGCAUUUGGACUCUGAUAGAUGUUCUCCUGAUCGGGGUUGGUUACGUGGGACCAGCUGACGGUUCUCUCUACAUCUGAAGCAAAACUCUGGAGACGCGGCUGGUUUGUGCCCUCUUCCGCUUCACACCGUGUCACUCUCAAAAGAUUGAAGAUCUGAGAUGCUGUGUCCUUAGCAUGUUUGCCUGCCCAAGCUCGCUGUGCAACACGUCCUCAUCCCAUCUGCUAACAGGCAGGAAGUGUUUUCCUUUCACACCAACGAUGACUCUACCCACACAACCAUCAGAUCAAUCCCAAUCACUCUGCGUCCGACUCCUGUUGAGACUGUGCAGAUGGAGCUGUGCAGAGGGAUGACGAGCCAGUAAUUAUGUCUAUCUAUUUGGUUUGACUUAAGUGGUGGUUAGGCUCUGUCAUGCUGAUAGAUAGCUUUAGUUUCCCGUGGAGCAGUGUUUCCACAGAUAUCCUGUCACCUUGGAGCUGUGUAUUGCAUCGAUGGUAAAUGCAUCAAUGUGGGUCAUAUGGUAACCAUGGCUACAGAGCUUUCUGUGGUGACUCUGCAAACAGAAGACAAGGUGAAAGGUAAUUUUUAUUUCCUGAAAUGUGUUUGUAUUUUCUUGCAGAUAUUAUUUAAAUGGUUAGUUUGCAUGUAUUUAAAAUGCACCGACAAAGAAGUCAGCAGUGCAGGCCACGACUGUAAAUACGUUGCCUUAAAGGCUCAGUAAGUCCUACCAAAAGUUCAUAUCAACUCUCAAAUUGAAUGUUCCCUGUUAAAUAAAUAAAUGAAAGCGAACCAAAAGGAUGCAGUAUAAUCGCUGUCAAAUUCUAACAUUGUUUGUAAUAAAAUACUGAAACACUUCCGAUGUGUUGCACUAGCUAAACUGCAACUACAUGUGGUUUCCUGUGUUGGAGAUGUUGGAGAUAUCCUUUGCAUUCAACCGUUAAUUUUCCUCUGUAUUUUUUCUUUACACUGAAAAAAAAAGGAAAAAAAAAUCUUUGUACUGACACUGUAAGAUCUUUGCUCCAGACACGCCACCUUAUGUAAAUAUGUUUUCUGUUCGGUGUCCUCUGUUUCUUGUUUGUUGGGACACACUGUAUGUAAAUGAUGUUUUUUUAAGUCAUGUAAAUAAAAUAGUGAAAUAUAUGUCCUGGA